AUGAAUAUAAAUACCGUAAUUCUAAUAACUACACUUUUAAUACUUCAAAACCUAAGUAUAGCAGCACAAAAUAUAGUGGGUUCUGUAAUAUUUCCAUAUAAAACUGUAGAAGUCCCACAAAACAACGGAACAUGGUUUCUAUGUUCAGAAGAACCAACAAAAUAUGUCAGUUAUAGCGUAAGAGUGGUAAAUAGUGCAUACCCAUUAACCGAGCCGGAAUUUGGUACCAAAAAAGAAAGGUACAAUGUACCACUCCUGACGGCACCGACUGAGGGAAUAACCGCCCAAAUACUUUAUACAUCAUAUUAUAGAUUCGUACCAACUUUAUCUUGUUAUAUGAACUUUGUAACUAUGUGUGAUCAGGAUGUUGGAAAUUAUUUAUUGAAAGAUAAUGAACAUUAUUGUUUGGUCUUGACAAAUCCUGCCCCUGGGGUACAACGUGUAAAUGUCACCAUCUCUUUUAAUAAUUCAGUGUUUGAAAAUGCAUUUACAAGUGAUAAUAAACCUGGUGGAAAUUCAAUUUCAAGAACACUUAGUAGAGAUUCCUUAUUAGAAUUUAGUUCAAGAGAGAGAAUUAUGGUCGUGACUUUUUCAAGAUAUCUAAAGAAAAGCUUGGAAAGUAGAAAUGUGGGGUGGACCUUACGGAUUUCGCUAAGGGACUUGGUAAACAGAAUUUACUCAUAUUUUGUCCUACAAACCUUGAAAGACUUGAGGGAGAUUUGGGCAAGUACAGCAUUGUUAGCAAUAUCUUCCAUUUAUAUCAGAACCUGUGAUGACGAUGAGGAGUUGAAGCAGUGUAUAACUAAGAUAAAACGUAGAAUAGGAAUCAUAGGUUUGGCAACAGAGUUGUGUUUUGCUAUCAUUACCAUUGAUGAACUUCCUUGGAUUGUGAUUUGUAUAUCUCGAACGUGUGGAUCACCUCGAAAGUUGCCAGCUGCCCAAGGCAUUACACUUAUUGCGAUAAUGGCAAAGCAAGCGAACAAAGGCGGAUAA